AGCUACGAGGCCAUUCCUAUAGAGUAAGUCCAUCUCCAUUGUACCGCUAUUGGUAGCAUUAUAAGUUUUGAUAUUUGAAAUUCAAUUUUGUAAGACAAGAUUAUAUAUGCUUUCUAGCAUAGCAUAGCAUAGCAUAACAUAACAUAACAAUGAAUGCAAUGCAAUGCAAUAGGUACAACACAACACAAUAUCAAGCCGGACAGGCGGGCCUCCGCAUGGCUAGCCCGGAACCGGGGGCCGAGGUUUCGGUCUUGUCUCGCCUAAAUUACCCCGGAGUGCCGGUGAUUACUAUCAGUCACCCAUGCCUAUCACGAUUGUGUUCUCUGUUCAACCGUACCUGGCUUAAAUCUCCAGAAUACUUACCCACUCAGCAAAGAACAAGGCUCAUCAUCAUCAUCAUCACCACCACCACCACCAUCGGCAUCACAUCCUUUAAGCCUCGCAUUUAACUUAUCAGAGGCUCGCUUUUCUACCAGGUCGUUAUCUAUAUCUUCUACUUCUAGCCAAGACACUAUGUCGAGCAAUACCACUAACACAUCCGCCUCCUCGCACGAGGUGGUUGAGAAUGCCUACUUCAGCUCCAACCCGCCUCCUAAGGCCUUACCGCAACACGUCGCCGCUGCUAAGGCAUUUAUAAACCAGCACGCGGCGGCGAACAGGCGUGUCGUCCUCGUCACCUCCGGCGGGACCACGGUGCCCCUCGAGAAGCAGACGGUGCGCUUCAUCGACAACUUCAGCGCGGGCACGCGGGGCGCCACGUCGGCCGAGUACUUCCUGGAGUCCGGGUACGCGGUGAUCUUCCUGCACCGGCAGUUCAGCCUGCUGCCGUACAGCCGGCACUACAGCCACUCGACGGACUGCUUCCUGGACUUCCUGCACGAGAGCCCGAAAGCGGACGGGUCCGGGAGCAGCAGCGUCGUCGCGAACCCGGCCCACCAGGACAAAAUGCUGCGCGUGCUGCGCAAGUACAACGCCGCCAAGCGCCAGAACCUCCUGCUCAUGCUCCCCUUCCUCACCAUCACCGACUACCUCCACGAGCUCCGUGCCGUCGCCCAGCUCAUGCGCCCCCUCGGCCCCAACGGCCUGCUGUACCUCGCCGCCGCCGUCAGCGACUUCUUCGUCCCCGCCGACCGCAUGUCCGAGCACAAGAUCCAGAGCACGGACGCGACGGACCUGUUUGAGAAGCAGCAGGGGCCGACGGCGAUCACGACGGAACCGAGGGAUCCGUCGAGUCAGCAGCAGCAACAGCAGCAGCAGCAAGAAGAAGAAGCGUUCGACAACUUCGACUCGUCCCCCUCGGUCCAGCGCAGCAAGCGGCUGGUCAUCGACCUGGACCCGGUGCCGAAGUUCCUCAAGAACCUGGUGGACGGGUGGGCGCCUGAGGGCAUGAUCGUGUCGUUCAAGCUGGAGACGGACCCGGGGAUCCUGGUGCGCAAGGCGCGGUACUCGCUCGAGCGCUACCAGCACCACCUCGUCAUCGGCAACCUCCUGUCCACCCGCAAGUGGGAGGUCGUUUUCGUAGCCCCCGGCCGCGACGACGCCUGGAUCCGCGUCCCCUUCAAUCGCCGGAAGAAGACCCUGGGCAGUGGCAGUGGUGGUGCUGGUGGUGUUGAGGAAAGUAAGACUGGCGAGAGCGGUAGUAGUAGUAAUAACAACAACAACAAUAACAACAAGCCGUUGGAUCCGGCGACCCUGCCCGAGGGCGAACCCGAGAUAGAGAUCGAGAGCCUGAUUAUACCCGCUGUCGAGGAGCUGCACUCGAAGCACAUCGCGCUCGCUGCCGAAAGGAAUGGAUCCAAAUAAAGAAUCGGUUGGGCAGUUCCGAGUGAGUUGAGUUGGGUUGCUUUUGUUAGAUCACGGGCGGCAUCGCAAUAUAGUAAUUGCAUUUAUCUCGCUUUGAAUAUGGGUAUAUUCACUAUACCUAUUAUCAAGAAGCUAAAAUUAUUCUAAAUGCUGCUAGUUAUUGCGUUUCUCGUUUAUGAGCUGUGUCGUUUAGAUAUGGAGUUCCAUAUAGCUACCUUCCAUGUAGGAGUUACCUUGCGUAUUAGUUACUUUAGGUACUUCUUGAUCAUCAAUGGCCUCAACGACUUUUAUUAGAACGGUGAAAUCUAACAGUUAUGAGUAGUCACAUUAGCAACUACAGGUCACA